AUGAAGUCGGUCGUGGCUUAUAUGGAAUGGCUCUUAAUUAUUUUAUAUAUUUGUCUAGGCCCAAUUGGUGUUGGUAGAAAAACAUUAGCCCGAGCAGUAGCAUUAGCAUUGUAUUAUUCAGAACAAUCAAUAUAUACUAUCGGUAUGAGUAAAUAUACUGAAGCUAAUUCAAUAUAUAAAUUAAUUAAUAUACCAAGAGGAAAAGAUAUGGUUGAUCCUGAACAAAAUAAAUUAAUAAAAAUUAUUCAACAAAAACCUUAUACUAUUAUUUUAUUUGAUCAAAUUGAAAAAGUUCAUCAUGAAUUUUGGAAUAUUUUAUUAGCAUAUUUAGAUAAUGAUAAUAA